GUUUUCGAGGCCUACUUUAGGACUCACCAACUCUCCGACUACAAUCACUCCGAGAUUGGCUGGAUCUUCAGUCUCUACUUGUUCCUGGUGUUCUUCGUCGGUGUCCAGGUUGGGCCACUCUUUGACCGCUUCGGACCAAGAUGGCUAGUCGCGGCUGGCACCUCUUGCAUCACAGCGAGUCUAAUGUUGCUCAGCGUCUCUAAAAAUCAUGCUUACUUAUUCUGUACUUGGCGGCCUGGAAGUAUCAGACUCAGACGAGAGUGUUCUGCUUGGCGACUCCGAACCCCCCUCUAUCCUGGGUCAGCUGCCGAACAUAUACGUCAAUGUGAGUAUGAGUCAAUUCUCUGGGCGAUUAUUCACUGACCGAUUCAGGGGCAGAGAUCUCAGUCUCAGCGCUGCACGCCACCUCUCACGCCAAUGGCUGAGGAGCCCAGCCCUUACGUACCGAGUAUGGAAGCGUGCCAGAUUGACUUCACCCCUGAACCACAAAGUCCCUGCAGAUCAUCUGAAGCCCGUUUUAGAGACCGCUUGGAGAUUGGACAAAUCGAUUCUGAUAUUGCUUCUUCUGCAUCUUUGACUGCAUCGCCCAGCUUACCUGUCUUUCACCCAGAUAGGGGCGUGAACCCUAGGGACCUGAUGCUGGACGAGCCAAUAGUUGAGAAAGAACUCAACGGUAGUUCUGUUGCGAAAGUGGAAGCAUAUCCUUCCAAAGACCUACCCGUCUUGGAGUUAUGUGAGGAAGACGUCGUCAUGGAUGAUCAGCCAGCCGAUGGUUACUUUGACGAGGCUUUCGCAGCAAUCCUGGAGGACCGCCACUCUGCGUGUAUGAGGACAGUCGAGCAGGAACGCUUCGAUCCCGUAGACUCAAUCGCGCGGAUCAGAGUACCCCCCUUGGAGUUUACGAUUCCUCCACCUCUAUGGGAGCAGCAUACGCAGGGGAGCCGACAGAUGUUUGAGUGGGUUCUGAACGACGCUGCCUGGCUACAGUCGGCUCAUUUUCGCCCAAUGCCCAAGGAUUUCGAUUCGAUGCUUAAAUGGGCACCAUUCGCGCCGACCGCAGGGCGUGUGUCGACAACUGGAAGUGUUGAUAUCCCGGAAGAUGUCCUUGGUCAACUCCUCGAAACCAAACCGCCUUUGGUUUCCAGCAGAAGUCAUGUAAGACAAGGCUGUGCAUUACGCGUUGCUCAUCUCGGCUCAGAAGACGAUAUCGAAGCGCCGCCUGAAUCAGGCCCUACAAAAAGUGCUGUUGGUGCUCCUCGAGUGUCGCCACACUUUCGCACGCAGCAACGCUCUGAUUCCUUGAAACCGGAGGCUACCUCCUCCAAAGGUCUUGAUGACCUUGUCAAAGCCGCUGCUUCCAAGCGCAAGGCUUCAGUCCUGGACUGUACGGCCAUCGACAACCAGAAUCUCCUACCAUUUUCUAGUGAUAGCAAAGCCACGUCGAGACUUCUCUCGGGCUUCAUGGAACUGAGAGGACGGCAGACUUCAAGUCGUGACAGUGAACAUGGCCCAUCCGUCAGGACUGAUCGGAAUACACCUCGCGAGGUUGGGUUGCCUGUUCCGGCUGUAAAGUCGAAUAACAAAAGCUCAAAAAGUCCGACCCCAGCAUUGGCCCCUGAGUUCACGAUACCAGCCAAAAAAAGGACGUACAUAUUCUCCCUCGCCUUACCCAGAGCGGUGCUUCGCCACAUUGGACGGGUUUGGCCAAAGGAACACCUGGUUGACCGAGACUACUCGCAUCGCAGCACCUUGGCCUGGUCUCCGGGAAGUGCUCGACGAAAAGAGGUAACAUUGUCUCCGGCCCACGAGGCAGACAUCUCACUCACGCCGACGACGGGCCUUAUCGUCACCACUCUGCUCAAAGCGAAGCAACAAUCGCUGCCCAACGCCAAAGCCCUCCCUCAGCUGCGGGAGCGAGUGCUCGAAGUCUCACAAAAGUACGAGUCCCUGAUUAUCUUGGUGUCGGAGGGCAACACAGCUGGCGAAUAUGCCAAUGACCUCCCGUCGUCGGACAUGGAAGCAUACGCCGAAUUUGUGCGGUUCGCCUCUGUGCUGCAGGCCGGGGUCACUGUGCAAUUGGUCCCAGGAGCCGAGGGCACCCUGGCCAAGUGGGUGCUCAAGUUCAUGUGCGAGCACUCUCCUCGCGACCGCGAGGUUCCCAUGUUCAUCCAAACACAGGAAACAUCGUGGGAGAUUUUCUUCCGCCGAGGUGGCAUGAACGUGCUGGCAGCUCAGGUCAUGGCGGGAGUACUUCAUCAGAGGAAGGGCGAUCAGGGGCUGGCUGAUUUUAAGGACAUGUCCGUGGAGCAGCGCAUAGCCAUGUACGGGUCGUUUUUGGGCGGGCCAAAGCUGUUGGCGAAUUUCAGUAACAUGCUAGAUCAAUCGUGGGAGUGAUGAACAAGAGCGAGGCACGGGAGAUGCGUGUCUCUGUUAUCCAAUCGCCUCCCGCAGUGUCACACAUCUACAUCUGUAUAAGCAAUCU